CCUCACCCGACAUGGCGGCCUCCUGUCCCCGCCCCCUGGUUUCCUCCGUCUGGGGACAACAGCUACUCUGGCGAUGGCGGCGGCAAGGGUGGCAUCUCGCAGACUCCACGACCUGCUGACGCGACGUCUGACUUCCCCUUCCCGCCUGGGUCUCAGCGUUGGCCUUCAGGCCAUGGGCUCUGCUGCACAAGAAAAGGCUUCCAAAGCAGCCCCGAGUGAAGCCCCAGACCACAACUAUGAGUCCCUUCUAGUGAUGUCUGCCCAGAAACACGUCCUACAUGUGCAGAUAAACCGGCCUGAGAAGAGGAAUGCCAUGAACAAGGCCUUCUGGAGGGAGAUGGUGGAAUGCUUCAACAAGAUUGCAGAAGACGCAGACUGCAGGGUAGUGGUAAUCUCUGGUGCAGGAAAAAUGUUCACUGCAGGCAUCGACCUAAUGGACAUGGCCUCGGACAUCCUUCAGCCCCAUGGAGAAGACGUGGCCCGCAUCAGCUGGAACCUCCGUCGUUUCAUUACCAAGUACCAAGAGACCUUCAGUGUCAUUGAGAAGUGCCCUAAGCCUGUGAUUGCUGCCAUCCAUGGGGGCUGCAUUGGCGGAGGCGUGGACCUCAUCACCGCCUGUGACAUCCGGUACUGUGCCCAGGAUGCGUUCUUCCAGGUGAAGGAGGUGGAUGUGGGUCUGGCGGCGGAUGUGGGGACGCUGCAGCGCCUACCCAGAGUCAUCGGGAACCAGAGCCUGGUCAACGAGCUGGCCUUCACCGCCCGAAAAAUGAUGGCUCACGAGGCCCAGGAAUGUGGGCUGGUCAGUCGGGUGUUUCCAGACAAGCAGGCCAUGCUGGACGCCGCCUUUGAGCUGGCGGCCGAGAUUUCCAGCAAGAGCCCGGUGGCGGUGCAGGGCACCAAAGUCAACCUGGUCUACUCGCGCGACCACUCCGUGGCGGAAGGCCUCAACUACAUGGCGUCCUGGAACAUGAGCAUGCUGCAGACGGACGACAUCGUCAGGUCCGUGCAGGCCGCGAUCGAGAAGAAGGACCUGAAGGGCGUCCCGUUCUCCAAGCUCUGAGAGCCGUCGCGCCCGGCCCCGCCGCUCCUCGUGCUGCUGUUUGCGCACCCCACGUAGCGGGGACCUGCCCGGGGCCGCCACCGCGGUGCCAUCCCUGCCAGUCUCCAGCUUAUCACUUUACAACACAGAUGUCCUUCCCCCUACGGCCUUAUCGUUCCAGUAACAAUAAAGCGAUGUAGCGCACCUGGCGCCCUUCUUGGAGAGACAGGACAUGU